CCUCCGUAGGUCACGCCCCCGCGUUUAUCUAAAUGAGGAAGAACUUGAAUUAAAAGUGAAACAAUGUAACAUUAGAUACACAGACUCGGGAGCGUGUACAGUUCACGUACGUGUUUAUAAACAACGAAAUGCCCGUUCUCGAUUGAAGAAAACCAUGUUUUAUUGUCGAUUUCUGCUGCUUUGUUUUUAUCUGUUACAUUUCUGCGCUGCGUUUCGCGUUAAUGCAACGCUUUCUCCGAAAAAUGCGAAAUCUUCAGAUAAUCUGCUGCGCGUAGACUCUGCAGGGCAGAAUACAGGUAGCACCAGACACAAAAGAAGGUCCACUGAAGGUCUGGAGGGGUUUGAGCCUGGUGAUGCUGCUCCUGCUUUCCAGGUGAAAACUCUGGACGGAGUGUUUAUUUACAAUCCUCCUCCUCCUCAGAACGACUCGAGGAGCGCGCUCAUCGUUCACGCGUUCACCAAUAAAUCCGCCUUUCUGGAGUGUCUUUGGACGUGGAGCGAGUCCCUGUCAGACCUGCUGAAAUAUCUGCCGUCCAACACUGAAGUCCUGCUGCUGUCCCUGGAUGACACUGCGCUGCAGGACGCCCUCUGGAUGAGAGAACAGGUGUACAGAGCCGCAGCUCAUGGAGGAAAAGAGAUCUUGUCCAGACUACAUUUCUCUCCUACACCUGUGUUUGCGCUGGGUAACUGGUUACCCAGAGUUCUGUACUCAUGGGGAUGCGGUGGACACAACUGCGGCCUCUCUCAGGUGCUUUUCUCCUCUCCAGAUUGGAGCAUACCGGUGAUCGCCAAGCGUCUCAAUGCCCGAUACGACUGGCUGAAUGGACGCUGGGGUGCACAUCCUUACAGACUGCUGGAUGCAGGUGAUGGUUGUGAACCUGUGACAUCUGUCAAAGGUGCAGUCGCGUGGGUAUCUGAGGGUGGCUGCUCUUUCUUCACAAAGUUAAAAAACAUGGCUGAAUCCAACGCUACUGGGGUGCUGGUGUAUGCAUUACUAGGGAAUCCCAUACAGGACAUGAACUGCUUAGGAGACGAUUGUUCCACCCCCAUCAACAUACCUGCGUCUAUGGUCCAUAUUGAACCAUCUGUCAUGCAAGCCCUACGAAAGGGGCGCCCUGUGAAUGUGACAUUCCAGGUCACACCUUCUCCAAACGUAUUCUUCGCGAUCAACCAGAAGGGGGCGCUGUCUGAGAUGGGCUGGUUUCUCUACCCCACCUUUAGAUUCAUGGCCUGGCAGGCUCAGUGGUUCACAUUCAAUGAGGCUCUACAGGAGCAGCUGAGACUGCCUGCCGUUAUAGUGCCUGUGUUUGAUCGCCAUCUGAUGCAGGGAGAGACGGGAGCUCAAGCAGUGGUGGAUCUGCCUGGAGAUUUAAUGGAUUAUAAUAUUCUGGAAUUGGACGCCUCCCUGUCCUGUCCCGGCCGCAGGGACGAGACAUGUGCUCACUGGGAUCACACUGUACAGCUGUACGUAUGCUGCGAUCGCACCAGUCCGCACUGCAACCUGGAGCUUGGGCGCUGGAUAACGGCCUUCCGCAGAGGCACAGGUCAUUGGCUGACGGAUGUUUCUCCUUUGAUUCCCCUGCUAAAUGACAAGAAAUGCGUCUUCACCAUGAAGACUGUGCCAUGGGCCAUGCCAUGGAUGACGUCUCUCAAUCUACGCUUUAGUCACAGCAACCAGACAGGUAAUUAUUCAGACAGACUGUACCCUUUCAAGGUAAUGUCACUCUUCCCUGGGGGGACGUUUGACAAGGACUAUAACAGGAGAUACCAAGAGAUCAAGUUCAGUCCUCCAGCUUCAACAAAGAAGGUGGAGUUAUAUGCCGUUAUCACGGCUCACGGGUCUGACGAGAACUUCUGCGGUGAAUUUUGUGUGACAUCACAUAAUUUCCUGAUCAACAGAUCUGUCAAUAACACCCUUGUGUUUGAGUCAGCUGGAUCACCUUUGGGCUGUGCCAUGCGGGUGUCUGAAGGAGCAGUGCCCAAUGAACACGGGACCUGGUUGUACGGCCGCGCAGGCUGGUGCGACGGGCUCCAGGUGGAUCCAUGGAGGACCGACAUCACUUCCCAGCUGGACAUGAGUGGAACCAAUUCUGUCCUUUACUUUGGACUCUUUGAAGGACGCAAUCCAGAUCCAAAGGCUAAUCCGGGUUACAUUAUUAUGUACUCCUUUCUAGUGUUUUAUAAAUAAAUUCAGCAGAAAUGACA